AUGUUCUACAGGUAUGUUGUGAGUUCAAUCCCUGCGGCGCCCUACCUUUUCCAACAGUUUGCCUCACUAAUGGGGAUGGACGCGCGCAUGCACAUCGACCCGCUGGCUGGGUCGCCAAGACCACCACCGAUGAUGACGCCACCGCGAAGAGUGGAGCCAGUCCACCAGUACUUCGCAGCGCAGCAUCAAGGAAUCGGCGACCCCAAUACGCGCCAGAAGAAACUGACCAUCAGGCCCUUCAAUGGCAAGGAGCUCUACAUGGGGCUCGGAUCUGGAUUCCUCAACUGGGACAAGCGCUUUGAGAGGCAGAUACUGCUUUUGCAGGCAGCCUGCGGGUUCACGUAG